AUGGUACCUACAUCUGAGAACUGUGCCUUGCUACUGGCAGCUGUGGUGACCGUGCUGAGCUGUGUGUUGCUACCGGGGGCCCAGGCGGGAUUGGUGGGGGACUUCAACCAUGCGGAGCGCUGUAAGGACUCUCUGUACAUGGGUACUCCACCUCGAGGCUACCUCAGCAACUCCUUUAAGAAGAUCUGCCAGCGUUACGAGGGUAAACCCCGCUAUGUCACUCUGUAUGACCCCCAAAAGCAUAUCCCCAUCUAUUCUGCCUAUACGUUCAAGAAGUCAGAUGGGGAGAAGAAGGUGGACUUCCCUUGGAUGUUUGAGCCCCAGUUGGCCUCAGAAAAAAGCAGCAGUAACAUGGAGCCCUUCCCCCAAUCUACAAGCAUGCAUAUGAACUUCGAGGACAGCCAGGCAGUCCUGGAGGACUAUGCUGAUGUGGUUCAGUAUGAACGUGGCCAGCUAAAUCCCGAUGAGCAUCAGGCUGACCCUCUGGACAAAGCAGCCACCUACAGCUUGACAAAUGUGGUGCCUCAGAUCAGGGAGUUCAACCUGGGUCCCUGGGCAGAACACCAGGACAUCAUCCGAAAACGCCUCAACAACUACUGCCGCGGCAAGGCCUUCGUGAUCACUGGGGUCACCACCUCUGGACACACGAUCCGUCGCAACAAUCUGGACCGAGUGGCUGUACCAGAGUACAUGUGGUCUGCUUACUGCUGCACUGCGUUCGACCAAAAUGCACCAUAUUUUGUACGCUACAAGUUCCCUGUGUUUGGAGCCUAUGGGUUGAAUGAUCGUAUCAACAACCACAUGGUGGAGGUUCCUCUCAAGAACCUAGAGAAAUUCCUCAAGGGGAGGAUGGAUGUGGACAAGAAUUUCCAGAUUUUCUACAAUGACUGUGUGCCAGAUAACUGA